CCGUCCAACAUGCCCGUCGGCAUCAACCAACCCUCGAACCAGAUCAAGCUCACCAACCUUGCCCUGGUGCGCAUAAAAAAGGGCAAGAAACGCUUCGAGGUCCCCUGCUACAAGAACAAGAUUCUCGACUACCGGAAUAAGAUCGAUACAGAGCUCGACAACAUCCUACAAAUCCACAACGUCUUCGUAAACGUCAACAAGGGCCAAACCGCCUCCAAAGCCGACCUCGACAAAGUAUGGCCAGGCAAGCAACGCGAUGACAUCAUCAGAGACAUCUUGGAGAACGGCGAGAUCCAGACGGGCGAGAAGGAGCGCGGCGCAGAGCUGGAGCGCACCAAGAACGAGGUCAUCGACAUUGUCGCUUCCAAGCUCGUCGAUCCUAAGUCGAAACGAGUCUACACGGCCGGCAUGAUCGAAAAGGCCCUGAACCAGCUGAGUUCCCAGGCAGCCGCACAACCCCAACAAAAGUCUGGUCCCGCCGAUGCCACGACCGACGCCGAGAAACCAAAGGAACUGCCCAAAUGGGCGGGUGUGAGGCCCGGCAAGGACGCAAAAACGCAGGCUCUUUUCGCCAUGAAGGCCCUCAUCGCGCAUCAGCCCAUACCUGUGGCGAGGAUGCAAAUGAAGCUGCGAAUCACUUGCCCAACCUCCGUCUUGAAGCAGACUGUUAAAACCCCACCAAAGUCUUCACAGGCUGAUGAUGCAAAUGGCGCAGACAAAGGUCCUGCCAAUGUCAAAGAUACCAUUCUGGGAUUCAUCGAGACUGUACAAAGCCAGGAAACUGAGGGGUCGGAGUGGGAAGCUGUGGGGCUUGUUGAACCGGGGACGUUCAAAAUGCUCAACGAGUUCAUCGAGAGUCAAACCAGAGGCCGAGGAAACGUCGAGGUAUUGGACAUGGCCGUCGGCGCAGAUGUAUGA